AGUCAGCCUUGUGGAACACAAGUCAGGGAACACAAAAUCAACCCACCAGGCACAGGGAAAAACAGAAAGGCAAAGAAAGAGAAAUUUCUUCAAACACAGGCUGCAUUCUGCAACCAGCACCUAUUGUCCACUUGCCUAAUUUUUUACUUUGAGAGGGUUGAUUUUUAAAAUAAUAGUAAAAAAAAAUUCAGAUUCAUUUGGAAACAAAUCAACGAUGAAAUUGAGUGUGGGGAUAUUUUUUGGAGGCUUCUUCGGGGCACUGGGAGUUUUGCUCUUUUUGGUGGCCUUUGGGACAGAUUACUGGCUUCUUGCUACAGAAGUUGGAAGAUGUUCAGAAGGUCCAAAUAAUACCACGGAGGAGAAGGUCACUUUCCACCAUGAAGGUUUCUUCUGGAGGUGCUGGUUUGUUGGAAAUGUAGAAGAGGACACUAACAAUAUUUGGAAAUUUUGGUACACCAACCAAUCGCCGUCUAAGAAUUGCACACAUGCCUAUCUUUCUCCAUUUCCUUUUAUCCGAGGUGAACACAACUCAACCUCCUAUGACUCUGCAAUCAUUUAUCGUGGUAUCUGGACUGUGCUCAUGCUCCUGGGGGUGAUCACUGUUCUGGUGGCCAGCUUCUUCAUCAUCUGUGCAGCUCCCUUUGCCAGCCAUAUUCUGUACAAAGCAGGAGGAGGCAUUUUCAUCGCUGCAGGCAUCUUGUUUUCACUGGUGGUCGUGAUGUAUGUCAUCUGGGUCCAGGCAAUGGCUGAUCUGGAAAACUACAUGAAUAUGAAAAAAAUUGAUUGCCCAGACUUUGUUGCUUAUGUGCACUAUGGCUGGUCUUUCAUACUGGCUCCUAUAGGAAUAUUUUUUGCUUUGUUUGCAGGAAUGCUCUUCCUAUUAGUAGGUCGUACUAUUCAACUGCACUCUGACUUACCACACAUCUAAUAAUGGGUAUACUGGGAUUGUGAUAAAAUUUUUAAACUGGAAUAAAAAUUAUGUACAUUAUUGCCACUACUACUAUAUAGCAUUUGUAGAGGCACUUCUAGAAUUGCUUAAGUUACUUGUUUAAUUGAAACGUUCCUAUGGGACGUAAAACUCACUAUAGGAAAAAAAAUAACUUUCAUUCCUAUCCAAUUUCUUUAAGUUCUACAUGGAAUGGUUCUCCACAUAACAUUAGAUCUCCCUGCAAACACAGGAGGGCAAAAAAACACCAACAUAAAAAUGGGUCAAAUCAGGAUUUUCUAUGUUUGUCUUAGCCAUUUACUUUGUGCCACUGUCAAAAAAGUCCUUGUGGAGAAUGGUAAAGACAGAGGAAAACAAGUGUUCAACAGAGUAAUUUAAUCCACCUCCUCUCCCCCUUUCCAAAACUUUCCUUUGCUUUAAUAUGAACAAACACUUCUGCACUUAAAAAUAGAGUACAGUUGUUCAUGCAGUAUCCACAUGAACUGGGCAGUAGGGAAGAUGAUUCCAGUGAAUAAUGAUUUGGGGCUAGUAUCUACAUGUAAUAGCUUAACUGUUAACAUGAUAUGUUUUACUGCUAUGUAAACAUUUGAAAGUUGUAUUCUUCUAUAUUCUGAAAUCUGUGUUCAUUUGUUGCAUGGUUCUGUAAGCCAAAAUAAUAUAGUUGAACUACUAACUAAAGGUAUGCCAAAAUUAUAUAAUAAAACAUAUGGUGUAGAUUUUUUAUAUCAAGUUUUUAUCUGGACAUUUUGUAGAUAUGUUUGAUGAUUGGCUUUUUCAAACAUUAUCUGUGAUUUACAUACUUUAAAUAGUGAAAAAUUGCUGUAUAAUGAGAUUUUUAAUUAAAAAAGUUUAUUAUGAACACAAUAUAAAGUGCACGAACAUGUAAUUCUUCUGCAGCCCUCAAUUUUCUAAAUAUUUGUAUAUGAAAUCUAGAUCACGAUAGACCAAAUCCUGCUUGCCUGCAAAUAGUCCCAAUGAAAGCAAUGAGACUACUCCAGUGAGGAGGGAAGAAGGAUUUGGACCUACAUUAUGUAACUGAAGAUAACUGGCUGUGUGUGUUUGUGCCUGCGUACAUGAGUGUAGGUGCUUGUAUUCCUAGAGAGGAGGGAGUAGAGUUCUAAUAUUAGGGAAAGUUAUUUUGCUUGGUAUUAGUUCUGGUUGAAAUUCAAUCCAUCUGAGAGCAUGGGUAGAGUUUGCACUUUGUAACUCAGUGCAAAGUAGUCUUGGGUGAUGGAGAAACAUAAAGAUUAUAUGUUGGUUUCUUCUAGUCCCCAGUGCU